UCGGAAAUCUUUAUGCUGUCAGCUUUCRAUAGUAGGACUGCUACGCUUUACUCCAGUGCAUAUCAAAUAUAACAUAUGACGUAUUUCCCGUUUUGAAAACUGGAAAGCUGUUGUAAUUGUUGCUGUAUCUUGCAAGAAUCYGCUAAUUGUUGCGGUGAUAUAAAAGAAGACAACGCGGUCCAUACUUUUAGUUGUUGACUAGUGUCAAYUAACAAAAAUGAAUCAUUUUAUGACGAGUUUUGGCGAAUUUUCUUCUAUAAUUUACACCAUACUGGGAUUAAUGUUUGUGGUCAUGUUCUAUCGAUUUGGCACGCGAAAACGACGUCUUCUUGAGGAUGCAUUCCCAGGAAUGACAGGACCCAAGCCAAUGUUUCUUUUUGGCCAUACAGUCGAUUUAAUAAAAGCGAAAGGGCAAAUUCAUGAGCAUUUUGAUGUGUAUUACAAGAAGUAUGGUCAACUUUUCGCUUUGAGCUUCUUUGGAAGUCCAGCUCUUGUUGUGAGCGACCCAGAGAUGAUCAAAGACAUUUGUGUGAAGAAUUUUGACUGCUUCUAUGAAAGAACGACAAAGUUCACCAUGCCAAAACCUCUUGACAGGGCACUAAAUAUUGCUCAUGGAGAAACCUGGAAACGAAUUCGCAACACCUUGUCGCCCUCAUUUAGUGCCCACAAACUUAAAGGCAUGACAUCACUGAUAAAUUUGAUAUGUGAUAAACUAAUGGAGAGAAUUGACAAAGUAGCUGCAAGUGGAAAAAGUGUUGAUAUCGUUAGCUACCAACAAACUGCAACUCUUGAUGCUAUCAUGUCUAUAGCAUUUGGUGUUCAAACUGACUUCCAAAACAACCCCAAUGAUCCCAUAAUGCAAAAGGCAAUUAGAGCGAUGAAACCAAGUGCACUUAACAUCACGAUGCAGAACAUCAUUUUGCCAUACCUCCCAUAUGGUCGUAAACUUCCAACUUCUCAAUUUGGCAGCCAYUUCUUUUUCAAGGAUAUUUUAGAGUUUGUGGAUCUAGCUCAAAGUGUUCUAGAUGAGCGACGUAAACUAGGAAAAGACACAUAUAAGGACUUUCUUGAUUUGAUGAUCAAUGCAACAAAUCCUGAAGAACCCGACAACCACAAGUUGAGUGAUGAUGAUAUCAUUGCUCAGUGUGUCAUCUUCCUUCUGGCUGGUUAUGAAACAUCAAGCACAACUUUAGCUUUAACAUGCUAUUACCUAGCAGCAAAACCUGAAAUCCAGGAAAAAGUCCAGCAAGAGAUAGACAGAGUGUGGCCUGAUGAAGAGGAAGUGCCAACCUAUGAUGCCAUCAAUGAUCUUCAUUACCUUGAUAUGGUUAUAUCAGAAACCCUGAGGCUCUGCCCACCGGGUCUGAUGCUCAUGCGUGAAUGCACCAAACCGUGUAUUGUCAAGGGAAUUAAGAUACCCAAGGACUGUCCCAUCCUAGUACCAGCAUACAGCAUCCACAGAGAUCCCAAGAUAUACCCAGAACCUGAAACGUUUGACCCAGAACGCUUUAGUGCAGAGGGCAAACUAUCACGUGAUCCUUACUCAUAUCUACCUUUUGGGCAUGGUCCAAGAAACUGCAUUGGAAUGAGGUUUUCACGAAUGGAAAUGAAAAUGAUGCUUGCAAGGCUUUUGAAGAGGAUAUCUUUAUCGAUGACACCCGAAACCAAGAAACCUAAGUUGGUUAGUAAAGCAACACUUACAGUUGAUGGUAGCAUUUUCCUGGGUGUUGAGAAACGAGUCAAGUAAACAUGCGGGAAUUGAACGGACACCGCAGGAAUUUAUAUAAAACUUUUAUAAAAUAAGGCAACUCAUCGAGUAACCAAAAGAGCUUAAGAAAGCUUACAGUUAAUGUAUAGUCUUUAGUGUUGACAAACGAGUAGAAAUGAUAAAAUAGUUUUCUUGUAACCUUCCUUCAAAAGUGAUAUAUAAGUUUUAUAUAAUGUAAAAUAAAUUAAUGCCGUUCUUCCGUCCGCGA